AUGUUUAGCACGGCAGCGCGAUUGACGGAGAGACAGGGGAGGAGCGGCAUGUCGCGUCUUGAGCACCUUCAGGCAUUGGUGACUGAAUUCCAGACCACCCAAAACGAAGAAGCAAAAGAACAGAUUGUUGCUAACCUGGCCAAUUUCGCCUACGACCCGAUCAACUAUGACCACCUGCGCAAGCUGAACGUGUUGGAGCUUUUCCUCGACUGCUUGACUGAGGAGAAUGCCAAGCUCGUUGAUUUCGGGAUGGGAGGGCUCUGUAACGUUGCCGCAGAUACAGCCAAUGCAUCAGCGAUUGCCACUGCAGACAACAUCCCUCUUAUAGUAGAUUGCUUAUCGAGUCCAGUUGAGAGCACUGUACGUGAUGGAAUGCACGUUUCAAGUUGA